UGAACACACACUCCCACUCCCACACAGGUCGAGGAGAGAGAGCAGAGCUUUAUUCCACGGUGUGUGUGUGUUAGCUAGCACAUUAGCCAGCCACGUUAGCAAUGUGUGAGGACGCAGUCCAAGCAGAGAGGAACAGCAUGGUGAGCAGCACCCACGAGAGCCAGGACCUGAUGGUCCCCAGCCUCAACCAACCCUCCCCCAGUCACAGCCUCUCCCAGCUGGGCACAGGAGCUCCUGGAGGAACCACCACCAAGGAGGGGCCACUAAGCCCAACACUGACCCCAGGGACGGGCCCGGUUAACGCCAUCACGGUGCUGACCCUCCUGGACAAACUGGUCAACAUGCUGGACACGGUUCAGGAGAACCAGCACAAGAUGGAGGAGCGUCAGGUGGAGAUGGAGGGAGCGGUGAUGGGGAUCCAGACAGACAUGACCAAGCUGUCCAAGAGCCACACACACACCGCCAACACCGUAAGCAAGCUGCUGGACAAGAGCCGCAAGGUGUCCGUCACCAUGAAGGAGGUGCGCGACAGGAUGGAGCGACAGGCUGGACAGGUGAAGAAGCUGGAGGCAAACCACUCCCACCUGCUCAAGAGGGACAACUUCAAAGUGCUCAUAUUCCAGGAGGAGAAUGAAAUCCCAACCAGUGUGUUUGUCAAGGAUACUGUUCCUUUCCCCCGUGAAGCUGAGGAGGGGGAGGAGCCCACCGCCGUCAUCGACGCCAACCGCUCCACGGAGGAGGGGCUUCACACCAUCGACCUAUCCUCGGACGAGGACGUAGGGCUGGAGGCGGACCUGGACGAGGUGGGAGAUGACGUAUACGAGCUAGCCGGAGAGCACACAGACAAAUCCCGCACGGAUAAGUUUAAACGCUCUAGUCUAAAGAAGGUGGACAGUCUGAAGAGGGCCUUCUCCAAAGCGAAUAUAGAGAAGAAGAUGAACAAGAUUGUGUCACAGGAGAAACGAGAGAAGAUGAAGAAGAGCCUGACACCCAACCACCCAAAGAGUUCCUCCUUCAAAGUGUCCCCUCUCACGUUCAGCAUCAAGAAGAAUCGUAAGUCUGAGGGCCAACCUGAAGCUGAAGCAGAGGUGGAGACCUCAUCCCAGACCGGGGUCUCGCCUACUGCCGUGGCCUCCAUUGAGAUCUCCCCGCUGGCCAGCCCUGAUGAGGAGGUCCUCUUCACCGAAGUGCACUCCCAACUGGCUCCAGGGCUGGAGGAGUCCAAGGCUGAGGCUUUGGAGAUGGAAGAGGUGGCUGUCAGUGAAGUUCCAGAAUCUGACGAAAUUCCAGAAUCCAACGGUUUUUCUGAUUCCAAACCGUUCCUAGAAUCCGACGUUCCUGAGGCGGAUGUGGAUCUGUCGGUUAUGACGGAGGGAGUGAGGGAGGAGUACACUCUCUCUGCCACGCUCCCACAUGAUGCCUUCCAUUCUAUCUCGCCCUUCGAUGAGGAAGACAGGGAGGAGAAAGUGCAGAGGGAGAAAGAGUAGGAGAAGGAAGGAGAGAAAGAGUAGGAGAAGGAAGGAGAGAAAAAGUAGAAGGAAGGAGAGAAGAAAGUGUAGAAAGAGGUGGAGGAGAAGGAAGAGGAG